AUGGCCGCCGAUUCCACCCAGUACGAGCGCGACCUCCGGUCCGCCAACAAGGAGUGGCGCCGCGGCAAGGACUCCAACGUCAAGUGGGCCCACGGCAGCCGAUACCUCGCCGGCAUCGACCGCAACAGCUGCGACGACACCUUCCGCACCGGCGCCACGGCGCCCGACCACAUGUUCGCCAAGUGCAGGCCAAACAAGCGGCCCAGCGAGGCGUACCACCGCGCCAAAAUGUCCCAAAACAUCGUCAAGACCCGCUCCGCCUCAGAAAUGCCCCCAGCCCGCCGACGCAGCAAGAUGCACUGCCAGACGGAGAUCGAAGCCGCCUCCCUACCGGUAGACCUGCCGCGGGGCCUGUUCCCGGCCCCCGCCACGGCGCCGUCCGCCGACGCCGAGGUGCUGUACAGCUUCGACCGGGCCGACACGCCCGGCCGCCCCCUCACGCUCGAGGUGUUUGUCAAGAACACGGCCGGGCGCGAUACCGAGCGCCUCGUCGAGCGCGAGUACGAGGUGCUGGAUGGGAAUGGGGACGCUGUAAGUGGUCGACGGGCGAGGGCUGUGUUGCGGAGGGGCGCGUCCAAGGAGAGGGAUGCGGCUGCGGCGGCGGCGGCUGCGGCUGAUGGGGAUGGGGUUGAGGAGAUGAGGGAGGUGGAGGGUGGGUUUGAGCUGGUUUGA